AUGUUCCUUCACUUUCUUUCAUCGCUUUUCGUCUUUCUCUAUCUCUCCGUCGCCGUUAAGGCCUCAGCACUGACGACGGCGAUCGCGCCUAAUGAACGGGUCUGUUUCUACGCGGAUGUAGACAAGGCAGGAGAGAAGAUCGGGUUCUACUAUGCAGUGCAAUCAGGAGGCUCGUUCGAUAUCGACUUCGACAUCAAAGACCCUAACCAAAAGGUCAUCCUUGACGGCGAGCGCGAGCGACAGGGCGACUACGUUCUCACAGCGAACACCAUCGGCGAAUACUCCUUCUGCUUUGAGAAUGACAUGUCUACACUUACCGACAAGCUUGUCGAUUUUGACAUCAUGGUUGAGAGUGAACCUCGCCGCGAGGCACCAGCGAAGCCUGGUCAGAUCUCUGAGCAUACUAGCGCAUUGGAGGAGAGCGUCUUCAGGCUGAAUGGGAUGCUGAUGAAUAUCAAGAGGAUACAGAAACAUCACCACACACAGGAGAAUCGCGGUUUCUCAAUCGUCAAAUCAAUACAGAAUCGUUUGUUCUGGUAUUGCGUCUUGGAAAGCUUGGGCGUUAUCGGCAUGGCCGUCCUCCAGGUGUAUAUCCUCCAAACAUUCUUCACCAAAACAGGGAGGCGAUAUAAGGUUUAA